AAUCAGUAAAAUGACAUUCACAAGUAAAAGAGAUUAAGAUAAAGAAUCCGCUGCUUCAUGAAAUAUGGAGGAUGAUAGGUAGUCCGUCCAUAGACAUACUCGUCGCUUUUCUCUGUUGCGAGUUUUUUCAAAAAUAAAAAUAAAAUCUUAAGAGAAAAAGGAUGCAAAGGAUUGUGCAAGCUGUAAAUUCGUGCCAGAAAAUGGUGAAAGCUGCAAUUUUAAUAGAGCAUUCACAUGGGAGAGACAGGACCAAAAUAGAGAAAAUAUUUUCCCGUUUUGGUUGGAUAACGCCGUCUUUAUCAGUACAAGAGAAAGGAUUGGAGAAUGUAACGGUGGCAGAGGUACUUAUGGCCAAGGGUGGAGAAAACACAGGCUCUUGGCUCUGGUGCCUUUCAGACGACAUAGUCAAUGAUGCCGUCAAAAAUAUGGCUCGAAACAACAUCGGAUCUUUAGUGGUGUUAAAGCCGGGACACGCACAACAUGUUGCUGGAAUCAUUACAGAAAGAGAUUAUCUAAGGAAAAUAAUCUUAGAAGGAAGAUCUCCAAUGCAUACAAGAGUAGGAGAAAUAAUGACGGACGAGAGCAAAUUAAUUACGGUGAAAUCUAGCACAAACAUUCUUGAAGCCAUGCAGAUUAUGACAGAUAAACAGAUUAGGCAUGUUCCAGUCAUCGAUGGUAGGCUGGUUGGCAUGAUCUCUAUCAAGGAUGUUGUCCGAGCAGUGGUGCAACAGCAAAGUGGGGAACUAAAACGACUAAAUGAGUUCAUUAGAGGAGAUUACUAUUAGAUUCUAACUAUAACCACUCAUUAAUGUCAUCGAUCAUGGUAUCAAAUAAAUUGCCGUAAAACAUUUAAUAUGAGGUUUCUCAUUCUGAAUUGUAGACCAUGUGUUAUACAUAAUCAUAAAAACUUAAAAGAGAAAAGGAGGAGCAUGGUUCUUCUUUAA